GGGGAGGGCACUUCCGGUCCACCAGGCUGGAGGCCAAGAUAGAGUGCUGAAGACAGGGCUCUUGGUCUUGUGAGUUACACUGCUACCCGCUGGCGGAAGCUGAAAGGAUAGUGGGGAGAGCUCUGAAUUCGCGUCAUGGAUCCAGUAACCUAUGAUGAUGUGCAUGUGAACUUUACUCAUGAGGAAUGGGCUUUGCUAGAUCCUUCCCAGAAGAAUCUCUACAAAGAUGUGAUGCUGGAAACCUACUUGAACCUCUGUGGUAUAGGGUGUAAAUGGGAAGACUGCAACAUUGAAGAACAUUGUCAAAGUUCUGGAAGACAUGAAAGCAUCUCAGCCCAGGGAAAGGAGCCACACACAGUGAGCAGGUCUUCGAAGCUCAACGGCUUAUCCAGAAUGUCCAGGCGUUGGGGUGACAAUCCAGCUCUUAGUGCCUCUACAGUCGUGGACAUGCUAACAUCUUCAGGCCUUCGUGUUCCUGGCUACAAAAUGGGGACGAUAAUCCUGAAGGAGUGGUUUCAAAGGUGAUUUUAUUCUUUAUAGAAAUUGCAAGAACACAGGGCUGGGUUAAGAUGCAUCUGAUUUCAAUGUAAGUGCCAAUUGCUUGCUUUUCUUGCAUGUCAGUGUUCUCUUCUAACAAAGAGAAACAAUCCACUAAGACGCUCUUGGCUCUAAAAGCUAUAGCACCUUGUUUUCAUACAACAUAUAUGUUGUUGUAAAAAUAUAAAAAUAAAAAAAUGACGGGUCUUUUACUCGCUAGGUCCUCACAGCGGUGCCCAAGAUAUCUGCUAAAUAUCUUGGUGGAAACACAUCCCCACUCCUCGGCGAUCCAGUGUCUCUUGCACCACACACUUUCCUACACUCAAACCUUCACAUAAAAGAACACACAACACAAUAAUCUUUGACCCAAUUGGUAAGAUAUAAUUGCCCACUUAAACAUACAAAGCCCGGUACCAUCCAUCCCUUAGGAACAUUGAUAACAACCUGUAAAUACACAGAGCAGAAUCUUAACAUCACCUGCCAUGGCUUCUCCCCUCUCUCUCCUCCCUCCUGUCUCUCCUUUCUCUCCUAGUCUCCUCCUCUUCCUUCAAACUUCUCUCCCGCAUCCUUCCUUCUCCUCCAAUGACAGGCCUCCUUCUAUCCUGUACUUGCCCCUCACCUGUACUUUACAAAUUCAGUGGGGAGGAGGUUCUGGUGAAGUCACCUGAUUCCUGAAUAGUGACUAGGCAGCUGUCCUUGGGGCAGUGGAAUUAGCAUCAAAAUACAGAUAGCUUCAGGGCAAACCACAACACAUAUAAGUAUGUCAUUCAUUUAAUAUAAAAUGUGAGAACCAAUAUGCACAUUGUGUUAAAGACAGGCUCUUACACUAUAAUUCAAACUUGCCUGGAACUCUUGGCAAUUCUUUGCUGUAGCUUCCCAAGUGAUGGAAUUGCAGACGUGAUUCACCAGGCCUGGCUCACAGUUUUGCACAUGCAUACAUGACGUGUAAAAUAUAUUACUUUAAAAUGCAUACUCAUAUGAAUAUUAAAAUACAUAGGAAUGCAUACAUAUUGUAUAAUUUGUCGAUGAUAAAUGCAUGUAUAUUUUAUCCUUUGUUUAUAUGUAAAUAUAUUUCAUUUUUUAGAUUUUUUUUACCACAGAAUAUUAAGGAUAUUUAGAAAUCAGUAUUGAGGCUGGAGGAAUGGUUUAGUAUUUCACAAUAUAUGCUGCCCUGGCAGAGCCUGGAAACAGGUUUCUGGCUCUCCUGUCCAAUGGAGCCAAUGAUCUCUUGCCUGCAUAGAGUGCACUAGUGCACACAAACUCAGGCAAACACAACCUACACACUAACAUAAUAAAUGAACGAAUGAAUAGGUAAAUAUCUUAAAAGCUCAAUAUCCUGCUCUGAUUUAAAAAGUUAAAAAUAUUUUAUUGGGUAUCAUUUAAUACUGAAAUGUCAUAUUUCAGUAGAAUCCAAAGGUCUGAUUUCUAUUUUGGUCUUACAACACUCUGACCAAAUGACUGCACUACUCUUCUUGGUGUUCUUGUUGCUUCUUUUUCUCUUACCCCAUUUUUCUAUGAUCACCCCCUUCUUUAUUUCAUCUCUGUACACCUAAAGCUUUAAGAUUAUCUUUGAAGCUAAGAGUCCUUAGAACACGACGAUCAGAGAAUAGUUGCUUCCAAAGGAGGAUUCCACACAUUUAUGUCAUUACGUACAGCAAAUGAAACACCCCUUGUACGUAUUUAUUGGUUUCUAUGUUUGUUCAAAAGAUGUCUUUAGAUAGCACAACACAAUAUUUUAUGUUUAAUUUUACAAAUGUUACAUAUCUAGAAAUAGAUGUUUUGUUAAUGCCAUAUAUUUCCUUAUUCUAUCUAAAAAGCCAAAUUUACUGUCAUUCCAUUUUUAUCUUGUUCAUUUAAAUAAAAUACAGAAUGUCUUUUUUAUAUUUUUGGUCAGAAACUAUGGUUAUUAUUACCCUUAAUUACUUAGUUCAGCAGCCUUUAAAUGAAGGCCUUUAAAUGUCAGUGUGAAUGGCGUUUAAAUGAAAACAUCUGGUCUGGGCUGAAACCUGAUUUAUUUAUAUCGAAUCACUGAGCAAAUAAAAAGAUUUUAGUCUUGAAAAGUUUAAAUAUUUCAAAGAGCCACCUCUUUUAUUCACUUUUUUAUGAUUUGAGAACUCAACCCUAAAGUAAGUUGUUUGAAACUAGCUGAUUCUUUGUAAUAGAUUGUUACUGUAGCCACAAUCAAUAAUGUUGAUUUUAAAUACUUGAUUAUAAAAUUUGAAAUGAAGUAUUUAACUGUGUUUGCACAGAAUUUCUUCAGACAUUAAUAGCUAACACUUAAAAUUUCACUUCCUUGUAACAGGAAGUCACCUUACAUAUUUUCAUUGAAAAUGGCAAAAGUAGCUUGGUACUGAAAGGUCAUAGGGCUUGAACAAGACAUGAGAGUGUUUUGGGAGGACAUACUUCACAUAUGGCAACUAAGAGCUCUGCCUAAUGCCAGAACAUAACCGUUAGACAUAUUGACUGUUUUCUGUAGAAUCUGUUUCAACUGCAACAGAUAUAUUGACCCACAUGUACAUGUCCACUUGUCCUUCCAGCUCAUAAAAAGGAGUUGCUUGCUAUCCCGCGUGUCCACUGCAGUAGCUCUGGGCUCGUUUUUCACAUGGCAUCUGGUAGAUCUAGCUUUUCAUUAAAAAAAAAAAAAGUUUAUUAUAAAGUACACUGUCCCUACCUUAAUUAUCCAAAAACAUUAUUAGCACAUGUGUGCUAGAUACAUUGGAGUUUUAAAAAUAUGCACUUAUUCUUAUCUUUAUUAUAUGAGUUGGCUUGCGUAGAAACCCAACUGUAGGUGUGACAGAUUGGUAAAAUUCUACUUUUGUAAAUGACUGAGUUUUAUGGAUAAAAUUGUAUAUUACCUGUGGAUAUUACAUUAGUUAUUACUAAUAUCUUUACCAAUAAAUGAGUAUAAACUUAUAAAA